AUGGUCGACGCCUACUACAAUAGCGGAUCCUUACCCGGAGCUAGUCCCUUUCUCCUCGACCCUCCCGAGUCUGGCAGCCCUUCCAGCCCGGAUCGCUGUCGCUACUCCCCACAGCAAGGCGCACGGCUCCAUCUCUUCCGACCCCGAGACACCACCCGUGACCCGAACCGCGGAGAGAACUUGAAGUCGGAAAAGUAUCAAAUCGGUGCAGGUGCACCCACCGGACGCCUCAUUACACGUGGGAAAUACCAGCCGACCAACGCGUUCCCCCGACCUCGUUACACUCCCAUUCCCGGUUUCCGUCGUCAAGAUGCCUUCAAGGACUCUCAAACCGAGCUCCUCCACCGACUGGGGAUACUGUACGACGAGAAUGACGACGACGAAGAUGGCGCUUCUACCCGUCCCACCGAGAUCACGACCGACGGCUCCGUUUCCAUCGCACCAUAUGCUUAG